UUUACUGGGGGCGGAGCCUCAGGCGUCACCGCGCUGCACCGCCCCGUGCCGGUUUGAAAGCCGUUCCUCAGGAGACCGCAAAUCCGCGGCGCACCAUGGAUCGGCGCGUCGUGAAGCCGCCUGGGCAGGAUUUAUUAGUGGAGCGUCUGAAGAGCCGCUACGGGCUCAGGGGCAGCGGGGCUGGUGAGUACGACUUUUCAAAUUUUGAUCAGGCUCAGUGCAAGAGAAGAUCUCUAACCUAUCCAGAUGAUUUGGAUAUCUACUGCUCUGGAGAUAAAGUCAGUUCAUCCUUAAGAUGUUAUUAUGAGGAAAGAAAGCAUUGUGUGAUGCCUUUUUGCAGUUCGUUCAAACGCUUAAAUGUGAAUUGCCUAGAUGGUGAUCUGGAUUCUUUUCAUGAUUUGAAGAAACAGGAAACAGAGGAAGAGUUAAUUGAGAAUGAUCAUAGAAUUAAUAACUCAAAAAUGACCAAGCAGCCUUUCAGAGAAAUAGAAAAAGUUGCCCUAGCAACGGGUGUAGCCUCAGGACCUCAUGCUGAGUGGGGUAGCAAUUCCAGAGACUCCCCUCUGAGACACGCCAGCGCACCAAACUCCAGAGUGUCAAACAAGCAGGGUUUACGUCCACCUCAGAUAAACCAGAUAUAUGAUGAGUUAUUUCAGAUACACCUCAAGCUGCAGUGUGAGAGUGCGGCACAACGGAACUUUGCUGAGGAGCUCCAGAGGCGAGAACGCUUUUUAGCCGAGAGAGAACAACUGCUUUUCAGACAUGAAGAUGCCUUGAGUAAAAUCAAAGGUGUUGAGGAAGAGGUUCUGACAAGAUUUCAGAUUAUAAAGGAGCAACACAAUGCAGAAGUUGAGCAGUUAACUGAAGUUCUUAAGGAGAGAAAUAAAGAAAGCAAGAGACUGAGGUCUUCUUUUGAUGCACUGAAAGAAUUGAAUGAUAAUUUAAAAAAACAGUUAAAUGAAGUAAGUGAAGAAAACAGGAAGAUGGAGAUUCAAGCUAAAAGAGUUCAAGCCCGCUUAGAUAACUUACAGAGGAAGUAUGAAUUUAUGACAAUACAGAGAUUGAAAGGAAGUUCCCAUGUUGCUCAUGAAAUGAAAAGCUUAAAGCAAGAAAAGGCACCAGCUUCAAAAUCUUCUAAGGUACCACUUAACGAACAGGUAUAUGAACUUUUAACUGUCUUCAUGGACUGGAUUUCAGACCACCAUCUUAGCAAAGUGAAACCUGAAGAAUCUGGUGUAGAUGGUGAAAAGCUACUACUCAGAUCUCCUUCUCAGAGAAGUGAUAUUCAGGAGAAGUGUAUAAAGCUCUUGCCUGUGAUGACGGAGCAGCUACAGUGGAUGCCACUGGUGAGUGCCAGACUCCAUGAGCCUCUCAUCAGGUUCAUCUACUGGUCCCUCAGGCAGCUGGAUGCAGGGGCACAGCAUUCAACUAUGACAUCAACAUUGCGGCGAUUAGGUGAAGACAUAUUUAAAGGCGUGAUAAUUAAAGGAGUUCAGGAUAAUUCUUCAGAGCAUUCUGUGGAGAAUAAACCAAAAAUAGCUGCUUUUUUUAAGAGUUCGCAUUUGCCAUUGCGAUUUUUAUCAACUUUAAUUGUUCUCAAAACAGUCACUCAAGCUGAUCACCUGGCCCAGGCAUUUGACUCCCUUUGCUUGGACUUGAAGACAGAUGAAGGUAAAGCCUUGUUUUUGGAGUAUCAAGCAGUUCCAGUGAUUCUCGGGCAUCUGCGAAUAUCCAGCAAGGGCCUCCUCUCUAAUGUCAUGGACAGUUUGCUGCAGAUGACGGUAGAGUCUGAAGCCCUGCAGCCUUUCCUGGAAGCCUGUAGCAACUCUUUAUUUUUUCGUACAUGUUCUGUGCUGCUUCGAACCCCUAAGCUUGAUCUUCAGAUCCUAGAAAAACUCAGUAUUAUUCUACAGAAACUUUCCAAAAUCAAGAGUAACAAGAAGCUUUUUGAACUUUUUACGAUUCACCUGAUGCUUCAAGAGUUACAGAGGACAACGCAUCCUGAACAUGCCUUCCUCUGCAUCAACCUGAAUUCCACGUUGUUCAAUUUGGGUUUGACAAAAGGCAGCUGCCUGGCCUCCAGUGCAGGCCAUUAGACUGGCUUGUUUUUAUAUGUAUAGUACCUAUCUGUUGCUUAUCUGUAAAAGAGAAAAAUCACCAAAGUAGCUGAAAUUUUACCAAGUUACCAUAACAUCAUUUAUCAUGACAGAUAACUAGGAAGAUUUUUUUCAACUUGGUAAAUGAACUCUAUAGACACUAUGGACUUUUUGAAAUAUUUUAUUAAGGUAAUAUGAAUGUACAAGAUGGCAUUUCCAGAAUUUAUGAUACUGGGGUUACUUUUUAUAAAAGUAUCUUAGGAAAAUUCUUUCUUAUAAUUAUGUGAUUAUUUGGAAUAAAAUUGGUGCUUAUGAGGGAACAGAUAAACCAUAUUUUCAUUCUGUUUUCUUAAUAUAGUAGAAUCCUCCAUUUGGAGGCAAAAGUACCUAUUUUCUUAGGUGUUUUUUUCUUUUUGUGUUGUUGAGGAUCCAAGCCAGAACCUCAUGCAUGCCAAGCAUGUGCCAUACCCUGAGUUGCACCCUGGCCUAUAGCGCGUGUUCCAAGUGCUGGUUUUCAUGUCACAGCACAUACCAUGACCUGCAGUUUCACCCUGGAAGCAUGGCUGAUUCAAUACUGAAAAAUCAGUUAACAUGAGUGUUCAUGUCAUGAGGAUAAGAAAAAGGUUAAAUGAUCGUAUCAACAGAUCAGAAAAACACUUUUUGAAAAAUCCAGUAGCCAUUCAUGAUAAAGAUUGUAAUUUAGAAAUAGAGGAGAACUUCAGCUCUGUGAAGAUUGUCUAUAGAAAACUUAGAGAUAAGUGACCCUCUGUGGUGAGAACCUAGAACCAGCAGCAGCAGCUCAUUGGAACAGAACAGAGAGCUAGAAACACCCCCGUGUCAUUGUUGAUUCCUCACAGGGAAAUAAAGGCACUCAAUAGAGAAAAGACUCUUCAACAAAUGGUGCUGACAUGGUUGGACAUCACAUGCAAAAAAAAAAAUCUGGAGCCAGGCCUUACACCUUUCACAAAAUUAACACAAAACAGAUUUCAGACCUAACUGUAAAAUACAAAACUGUAAGUAAGAUAAGAUAGUCUAGGAGAAAAUCUAGGUGAUUUGGGGUUUGUUAGUGACUUUUUAGAUGUACUAUAGGAGUCACAGUCCAUGAAAAAGAGGAAUUGAGCUAGACUUGAUUAAGAUAAAAAUUUCUGUCUCAAGAAGGACAUUCAUGAAGGUCAUCAGAAUCAAAAUGGACUCUCAGGCCAGGGACACAGGGAGGCUCUCAUGCACUUCUGUAACACCUGUGAUGAGGACUCUGAGGCCACAGCCUUGCAUCCAUGCAGUGAUUAUUUCUGUGAGGGCACUGGCCCAGGAAAUCCUCUUCACGCUGGUGUGUUAGUUGUUUCAGAACUUGCAGAAGCUUUCUCCAUCCACAUGGCUUUAACAGUUUCCUCUUAGCUGGGUGUGCUUUAAUCCCAGCACUUAGGAGUCUGAGGCAGGAGGAUCACAGUUUGAAGCCAGUCUGGGCUACAUAGCAAAUUCAAGGCCAGCCUGAACUAUAUAGUGAGACCCUGUCUCGAAAAACAAGUCCUCUUGACUCAACCUCCCCAGUUAUAUCUAUCAUCUGUCACUAUCCCAGUUAGUGGGAUAGUACACUACCCCAGAUUAUAGUCCUGUUUGUUCCUGAAUAGAAUCCAUCUUUCUUUUGGAAAGCUGUUCUGUUGAGAAUUUUGGUCAACAUGAUCUGGUGUCAGAAGUGGGGUCUGAGCAACCUCAUUCCAGAGGACCAGCAGCCCCUGGACUCCCAGUAUGGUACCCACUCGAGCCCCUCUGCUGCUGCCUCCCUCAGUCCUCACCUCAGUGGAUCUCUUGUAUCUUCCUGUCCUUUCUCCUUUUGGUCAAGUUCUGACCCAUUUGGGAUCUGCCUUAGUAAAGGAUCUUUCAUUUUUCCUGGGACUGUAAAGCCCUUUCUGGGGUGACAAUAGUUCUUUGUGGUUGGCUACACUUGGUUUCAUUUUUGGCUGCUUACACACAUCUGUAAAUUAUUUCACUCCUUUUUCAUGCCUGCUGGUUUCUGAACACCUUUUGGAGAGCAAAAAUAAACAGACAUUGGUGGACCUAGCCUGGCCAGUCCAAAGCCCUUGAGACAGUCACCACCACGUCUAACGGACCUGAAUCUCCAAAGACAAAGAAAGUCUCAUGUCUGGAUCAUAGACAAACACAUCUUCCCUCAGGGCCAGACACCUAGGGCAAAGGCCAUCUACCAAGCAACAGAAGCAUCCUGUGUGGCACCCCUGUCAGAACAGACUCUUAGAUUCUUUGACACAGUUUAUGGAAUUUUCUUUUGCUUUGAAGGGAUGAGAAAGUGGAAGGGGAUUCUCAAAGUGCAAAGCCUGUCCAGACUCCUUACUUCAGGGACUCCAGCUGGCUGUAUGUUCAAGCAUUCUACUCACUCUUGUACACCUGUAAACUGGUGGACGCCAGGCAGGAAGGAGAGUUUAGAGAAUUACUCAAGCUUUCCUGUCUUAUUUUUGUUAGGACUAAGUGAGGAGACUGGCUGUGAGCUGAGCAGGUGGAGUAGGCUGUACUGAGUGUAUUGAAUGGCACACAGAGCCCUUGAGCAUGUGCUCUCCUCCCAGCUUACUUUGAAUCUUUUCUUUUGAGUACCUGUCCACUCCAAAGGGGGAAAAAAAUAACUAGAUAAAUAAUUAUAAUCAUGAAGCCCUUAGGUAAAGCAAUCCUGUUUCUUUUUUAAAGUUACCUGUGCAGAAUUGAGACACUUAGAGACGUGCUGUCUUUGCUGUGCUCAUUAGUGGGUACCUGGAGUCACUAAUCAAGAAACAAGCCAAGUUGGAAAGUCUACUGCUGCACUAAAUCAGUCUCCAAACACACCUUUCUGACAUGAAUUUAUUUUAGAACUCUUUAGUAAAAAGUGAUAUCUAUAAAGGGAAACAGCUUUAGGCUUUCAGAGGGAAGAAACUAAAAAUAAACUAAUGAAGCAAGGCUCAUUUAGGGUUUCUGGUGCCGCAUCAGAGCUGUCACCAGUAAAGAAAAAUGUAUGUCCUUCCUUUAGAUGAAAGAGAAAAAUAGAACUUUCCUCCACUUGCUGCUGCUUGACUGCUUUGAGAUGAAAAGUAUUUAUGUCAAAGAGGCACAUUUUGGAAUGGCAUUUCCUGAAUUAUUUAAAUAAUUAGUUUUGUUUAAAGGCCAUUUCAAACAUAAUUGUUAAAAAUAACCUUGGUUAUACCGCCUGCCUCGCAAGCACAAGGUCCUGAGUUUGAU